CAGAGUGAAGAAAAAGAUAGAGAAAAGCACCACGUGGCUCAUCAAAUUCUCAAGAAAAAAAAAAAAGUGGGCCUAUAUAUAGUGAGAGGAACACCACUUGGAACCACUCAUUACAAAACUUAAAAACAUUAAAAGUGAGAUUGAAUUCGAAGCUUAAACACUUCUCUGCAGAUUCAAGAAAGAAGAAGAAGAAGAAGAAGAUGGCAGACGGCUCGACGGCGACUUGCGUAGAUAUUCUUCUUGCCAUUCUAUUGCCUCCCCUCGGCGUCUUUCUCAAAUUCGGUUGCAAGGCGGAGUUUUGGAUAUGUUUGGUGCUGACGCUAUUUGGUUAUCUUCCUGGAAUCAUAUAUGCUAUUUAUGCCAUCACCAAGAACUGAUCCUAUCUUGAACCGCCUCUUCUUCUCCAUGAACAGCUGCUUGGGUGUGUCUCUUCAGUCGGAUUCUUCCUGCCAUCACCACGAACAUGUCGUCGUUUCCAAUCAGUCUAUAUUUCAGUGUUUUCUUUUAGUUAAUCAUUGCGACGUUUUUAUUAUUAUUUGUUUGUUGAUAAUGGUCUUGUGUGGGGUUGGUGGGUCAUGUUCAUUUAAUCAUCGCGUCUAAUGUUAAUGGAGUGCGUAACAUUUCUUGUU